AUGGAAGAUAAGAUUUCAUGCGUUUGCCAAGAGCACUAUGACAAUUUUCUCUCUUGUCAAAAAUGCUUUCAAAGGUUCUAUAAAGCCCAAAUGCUAAAAGCUGAAAACAAAAAAUUAAUUGAAGAAAUCGAGCAACGAACAAAUUAUCUUAAAAAAGUCCUUGGAAGAAUUACGGCAAUUGAAGCAAGGAUGAAGAUGAUGUCUGAGCACCCACAUCCUAAGCAGCAGUCAACAAAUAUAAAGCAGCAAGCACAGGGCUCAGAAGUUGACUUCAUGGCAAAAGAACUUCCUCAAUGCUUUUUCUCAAUCUGCAAAGACCCAGAGCUUGCUAUGGCAUUUUUACUCAAAUGUGGAGCAAUCCCAAAAAGCAGAAAAUGUGAUAAAUGUAUGACAGAAUAUGGAGCUCCCGAAAUGAGAAUUGAAAACUAUGGCUGCUUAGGCUACAGUUUCCACUGUACCAACUGUAAUUCCAGAUCAAAUAUAAAAGAAAAUACUUUUUGGGCAAAAUGCCAAUUGAAUUUAGACAAGAUUCUAUUAUUUAUGUUUUUAUGAGCAUUAGGUAUGAAGGAUUCUGAGAUUGCGAAUCUUCUUGACUGUUCUCCAACCCACAUAAUUCACCUCAGUCGUCGUAUAAGAAAGCUUGCCUGCAAAGAAUUUAUUAAAAAUUUACCAAAAUUUAACGGAGUCGUAGAAAUUGACGAGCAGAAUUUCAUUCAAAGGAAAAUCGAAAUUGGGAAAGGGAAAGCUCCUCAGAAAUGGGUGCUACUUAUGUAUGAAAGAGACACAAAACUAGCUUACUUAGAGCCGCUAGAAAAAAGGUCGUUUGAGUAUAUUCUACCAAUAAUACAAAAGCGCUGCGAAAUUGGAACAGUUAUUUUGACUAGUAGAAAUGGGGCCUAUGGCAGAUUAGAAGAUUAUGGCUACCCUCAUUUCACUUUAGAAAAAUUUAAAGGCUUCGAAAAUGCUGACAAUAAAGAAGUCCACAUAAGAGGAACAAUUACACUAUGGCUGUGAGCUAAACAUAAUAUAAAAGCCAAAAACCGUAGCGCUAUCCACCUUGAAGAGCAUCUCCAAGAAUUCUUAUGAAGACGCCAGAUCAGACAAAGAUGCCGCUACAAAAAGUUGUUAGAAAGUGCUGAGGUGUUAAGAAACGUGCUUGACUUAAUUUCGAAAGAAAACCAAUAA